UGCGCGGGGCGGAGGAGCGGCAGGCCGGGGGCGGACGGAGGUGGCGGCAGGCGCGCGCGGCGCCCCUCGGCCAGCAUGAGCACGAGCGGCGGCCCGGACCCGGUGGUGGUGGCCGCGGCGGCCCGGACCGCCAUAGGUUCCUUCAAUGGCUCCCUGUCGACCGUCCCCGUCCACGAGCUGGGUUCUACCGCUAUCAAAGAAGUCCUGAAGCGGGCCCGCGUCAGCCCCGACGAGGUGUCCGAGGUGAUAUUUGGACACGUUUUGGCCGCAGGCUGCGGCCAGAACCCGGCGCGGCAGGCCAGCGUGGCGGCCGGCCUCCCCUACGGCGUGCCCGCCUGGAGCUGCCAGAUGAUCUGCGGGUCGGGCCUGAAAGCCGUGUGCCUCGGGGCCCAGUCGGUGGCCCUGGGCGACGCCAGCGUGGUGGUGGCCGGCGGCAUGGAGAACAUGAGCAAGGCUCCUCACUUGGUUCACAUGAGAGUGGGCGUGAAGAUGGGGGAGACCCCUCUGAGAGACAGCAUCCUCUGCGACGGACUCACAGACGCCUUCUUCAACUACCACAUGGGGGUGACGGCGGAAAAUGUGGCCCAAAAAUGGCAAGUAAACCGAGAGGAGCAAGACCAACUUGCUGUUGUAUCCCAGAACAGGACGGAAGCUGCCCAGAAGGCAGGCUAUUUUGACAAAGAAAUCGUCCCUAUCCUGGUGCCCUCCAGAAAAGGUCCCGUGGAGGUGAGGGUGGAUGAGUUCCCUCGCCACGGGAGCACCGCCGAAGCCAUGUCCAAGCUCAAGCCCUACUUCCUGACGGACGGAACCGGCACCGUGACGCCGGCCAACGCCUCGGGGCUGAACGACGGCGCCGCGGCGGUGGUUCUCAUGAGGAAGUCGGAAGCGGAGCGGCGAGGUCUGGAUCCCCUGGCGCGCGUCGUCGCCUGGGCCCAAGCCGGCGUCGACCCCUCCGUCAUGGGCAUCGGGCCCAUCCCCGCCAUCCGGCAAGCGGUCGCUAAAGCCGGCUGGACCCUAGACGAGGUCGAUUUGUUUGAGAUCAACGAAGCCUUCGCUUCGGUCGCAGCAGCCAUCACCAAAGACCUGGGCUUGAACCCGGAGAAGGUCAACGUCCAGGGUGGCGCCAUCGCCCUGGGCCAUCCGCUGGGAGCGUCCGGUUGCCGCAUCCUGGUCACUCUCCUCUACGCCCUGGAGCGGACGGGCGGAAAGCGCGGCGUCGCAGCUCUGUGCGUCGGAGGAGGGAUGGCCGUAGCCAUGUGUGUGGAGAGAUAGAGCCGACGACUCUUUUUCCGUUACGGCCUCGUCUCCGGGGUAAUCGGAACGGGGGGGGGGGGGGGGGGGGGGUGAGGAGACGUCCCCUCCCUCAAGUAACCUUCCGGGCUUGGUCCCGGCCAUUCCAGGGGACCUCCCCCAAUAAUUGUGAAGAACCCGAUUUUAACAGCUUGCUUUAUUUUAACCCCGUAACCGCUCGGUGUAAGACGGAAGCGGGAGAGGGCACUACUGAGCCGUAGCCUUGUUAUAAAUAAAAAGGAAUCGCAUCAGUC